CUCAGAUUCCGCUUCCUUCGCCACGUGGCCUCCUUCUAAGUCCUCGUAAGCGAAAAGGGUAAACGCCACGUGCCAUCCUCACCCUUAUUACAGAGACCUCCGAAGAAAGCUGCAACCAAAGGGCCCGCCCGCAGCCUCUGUCCACCAGUCUCCGUCCAGACCAAAUCUCCAUCCAUCCAAUCGCCUCUCGCUCCAGCCACCGCCAGCAAGCUCCGCCAAAAGGGUAAAAACUAGUUAACCCAUCUCCUAUGGUGAAGCGGAUUCAGAAUAUUGGUUGUGAUUGGUUGCUGCUGUUCAUCAAUUUCUCUGGGUUUUUUUGCUUGCUUAGAUCUACGAUACAGAGGACCGGAGGAAGACUAAUCGACAAUGGGUAGGCCGGAGUUCUUGAGACUGAGGACGGAGGACGUAGCGUCGCCGACGGCGGGCUUGAUCCAGUCCGAUAUCGACGAGCUGAAGGUUGCGGCAAAGAAACUCGUCAAGGACGCUGCGAAGCUCGGUGGGUUGGGUUUCGGCACUUCUUUCCUCAAAUGGGUCGCCUCGUUUGCCGCCAUUUACUUGUUGAUCUUGGACAGAACCAACUGGAGAACCAACAUGCUCACUUCACUUUUAGUCCCUUACAUCUUCUUCAGCCUUCCUUCCACAUUGUUUCACUUCUUGAGAGGAGACUUUGGGAAGUGGGUUGCUUUCAUUGCAGUCGUCCUAAGACUCUUCUUUCCCCGACACUUCCCAGACUGGCUGGAGAUGCCUGGAUCGUUGAUUCUUCUGCUGGUGGUUGCUCCAAACUUCUUCGCACACACGUUGAAGGACGACUGGGUUGGGGUGGCGAUAUGCCUCGCCAUUGGCUGCUAUCUCCUGCAGGAACACAUCAGGGCUUCUGGCGGGUUCAGAAACUCUUUCACUCAGUCUCAUGGGAUAUCGAACACUGUAGGGAUCGUGCUUUUGAUAGUCUACCCUGUGUGGUCUCUGGUCCUACAUGUGCUCUGAGGAUAAAGAUUGGGAAACAUAGUGAGCUUACUGUUGAAGGAUAGUAGAGUUGGUUUGAUCCAUUUCUCAGCUUUGUGCGUUCUGUUUUCCCCCCUUUUUAUUGGUAUUUUCAAAUUUAUGUUGGUUCUAUGUCUUGGAUGGAAUAAUAUUAUCAAGUGGUUUCAAGAUCCAGUGCUGACUAACUUGUCUGCUUUGUAAUCUGGUGUUUGCUACAAUAGCAGAAAGGGGAAGAUACUCGGUAGUUGGUAGGGCUGGGAAAUGGUGCGGUCUAGUCCAGACCAAACCAUAUAUGUAGUUUACUAUCCCGACUGAGAGUUAGAGUAUAGAUCACAGACUAUACGGUUCAAACCAGACCACAGUGAAAGAAAAAUGAACAAUUUAAUUAAUC